AAGACCUCAAUUGCACAUGUAUUUGUACACAGACAAGAUUGUUCACCCUCACUGAGUUUUGCUGCCAUCCACGGUAUCAUUUCUAAAAACAAAUCACGGCAUCAAGCUGCUAGUUUAGCCACCAAAAAGCUGUGCCACUCAGUCAAUGACUAUGGCUUUCAUAGUUUUUCUACUGCUGAUCCCAGGGGCACUCUGCUCCCCUGUGUUUCUUCCAGUCGAUUGCAGUGAUUUGUACAACAGGGGUUUUGGUCACAGUGGGGUUUAUACCAUUUACCCAGCAGGAUCAACCUCCCCUGUCCAGGUCUACUGCGAUAUGGGUUGUGAAGAUGACCCUGAUAGUGGUAAAUGGACAGUUAUUCAGAGAAGAAAAGAUGGCACAAUUAACUUUUACCGUGGAUGGGACCAAUACAAGACAGGAUUUGGACAAGCAUCUGGAGAAUACUGGUUAGGUCUGGAGAAUAUCCAUCUUCUCACUCUGAGGAAGAGCUAUGAAAUGAGGAUAGACAUGGAAGACUUUGAGGGGGCGAAGGCUUACGUUCAAUACUCAACUUUCUCUGUUGGUCCAGAGCAGGAAGGCUACAUACUUACAUUGAGUGACUUAACAGAUGGUGGAGCUGGAACCUCUCUAAGUGACCAUAAUGGUCUAAGCUUUUCUACAUUUGACAAAGACCAAGAUACUCAUUCUACAAACUGUGCUAAGACCUACUUCGGAGGAUGGUGGUAUGGAGAAUGCCACAGUGUCAAUGCCAACGGUCUGUACCUGUGGGGAAGUUCAACCUAUGGGAUGGGGAUCAACUGGAGGUCUUGGAAAGGAUAUGAGUAUUCUUUGAAAGCCAUUGCAAUAAAGAUAAGACCAAAACAGUGAUAGAUUAAUCAUGUUUCUAAAUGUCAUUUAAUUUUCGCCAGUAGUGUAGAUCAUAUUCAGUGUUACAUUCAUUGUCCACUUUCUUGAUUUUGUCUUUAGAUUCCAGCUCUGUUAUAAUAAUGUUAAUAAAACACAUUUUUGUUUACUUA